AUGUUUGAUAUAGAGAAAUCCAAUGUUAUUACAAACUCUUUGCCAACCUCGUGCAAUCUUAACAAGGACAAAGAUUUAAAACCAGUCGAAGAAAGCGAGUAUCGAGGUAUGGCAAGCUAUCUUCUCUAUCUAACUACAUCCCCUCCUAAUAUGAUAUUUGUUGUUUGUAUGUGUGCACAAUUUCAAGCAUUCCCUAAAGAAUCACAUAUUAGUAUGGUCAAACGUAUCUUGACAUGUCUCUCUGGCACACAGCAAAUGGGUUUAUGGUACCCCAAGGGAGCUGAUUGUGACUUAGUUGGAUACUCUAACUCCGAUUUUGUUGGGUCCAUAUUGGAUAGAAAAAGUACCAGCAGUAUAUGUCACUUACUUGGAAACUCGUUUGUCUUAUGGCAUAGCAAGAAAAAAGCAAGUGUCACAUUAUCCACGGUUGAGGAAGAAAAUGUUGUUGUGGAUAAUUGUUGUGCUCAACUUAUUUUGGAUGAAACAACAUCUCAGUGA